GCCAGUACAUCGCCGAAGUUUAUUUAAGCUGGUAUAAACAUGAUUCAAAAGCACACGUCGGGUGACAUCCGACGGUCGCAGUUAGCAAUGGGACAAACUAUGGAAGACAAGAGAAUUAAACGCGGUAUAACAUUAAGUGUAAUAGUUCAGAAUUUCGAAAAGAAUCUAGGUUUCAAAAAUGACAUAAAGUGGUCUAGUUUUAUAUUCAUCACGUUGUAUCAUGUGCUUGCUGUGUACUGGUGCUACCACUACGCGUUCCCUGUGAAAUGGCAGUCGCUUGUAUUCGCGUUGAUUAUGUACGUGGCAUCUGGAUUCGGAAUAACUGGGGGCGCUCACCGCCUGUGGACGCACAAAUCUUACAAAGCAACACUGCCUCUCAAACUAUUUCUACUUUUAUGUUUCUCAAGUGCGGGACAGAACUCCUUACUCCACUGGGUUCGUGAUCACCGAGUACACCAUAAAUACAGCGACACUGAUGCCGAUCCUCAUAAUGCGAAACGCGGACUCUUCUUCUCACACAUCGGCUGGCUGAUGAUGAAGAAGAACAGUGAAGUCAUACUCCGAGGGAAACAGAUGGACAUGAGUGAUAUAGAAAAUGAUCCCUUAAUACAGUUCUAUGAAAGAAACUUCAACAUGCUCAAACUGGUAUUCUGCUAUAUCCUACCAACAAUGCUUGGAGUGUGGCUGUGGAAUGAAGAUUGGAAGUGCGCUGUAGCUUGGCAGUGCUUCAUCAGGUUUCUCGGCAUGUUCCACAGCGAACUCACUGUCAACAGCCUCGCACAUGCUUAUGGAUAUAAACCGUACAACAAAAAUAUAGUUCCUGCAGAGAAUCGCUUCGUGGCGACGUGUACACUUGGUGAAGGUUGGCAUAAUUACCACCACGCUUUCCCCUUUGACUACAAAGCAGCUGAACACUUCGACGUACUCAACUUCGCCACUACUUUCAUAAGAUUUUUCGAGAAAAUAGGAUGGGCGUACGACUUGCGGGAAGCGAGCGCAGAAGUUAUUAACUCAAUGGCUAAUAGAUUAGGCGAUGGCACGCCAGUUCAUUUCCCACUACCCGCUGAUAAAUUAACAGAAGAAAGGGCAACUGGAUGAAGUAUUAUCACCAAUAUCGGUCAGCUCUUCAAGGGCAUAAGUAACGAAUGAGUAUUAAAAUGGUGAACGAACGAA